GGAGAAAAAAGUGAAGUGCACGGGAUAUUCUGUGUGCUCAAAAUGCCAGAAUGACGGUCAGGUCUGUCUAUUUAAAAAACCUACUCCAAGGGGCCCACCAAGAAAAAAUAAAAUUAACGAUGUCGAUAAAGACAAUUAUGAUUGGAGCUUUUCGGUUAACAAUAAUAUUUGUAUCAUUAAUCACAAUAAUGAAGAAGCAGAGAGAUAUUUCGCACCCGAAAAAAUUCAUUAUACUGAUCAUUUUUUUACGGAGGAUUACAAUAUUGUUUUCGAAAAACCACCUUACCGAAAGAAUGAUUCAGAAAACGUUUUUUUUGGAGUUGAAUCAGUGAAUGACGAGGAAAUUCAUAAAUUUCUUUAA